GAUAGAGAUAAAAUUUUCAUAUUCAAUCCUUUAGUGAACUUUAUAUUCUAUUAUAUAUUAAUUUCUAUUCUUCAAUAAUAAUCCGAAUAUAAUUUAAUAAUAUAAAUGGAGCCGUGCAACGCACGGGUGUGAUACUAGCACUACAAGAAUUUGUCUAGUUUGCAACGGAAAUAUGCUACGGACUUUUCAAGCCUAUCCCUCAACCCUCGUCAGCCGUUCAGCCGGGCCUUCCCUCUCCGUCGUCCUCACCGCCCUCGCCGCCGCCGCCGCCAGUGUUAGCCCACGCCGCGCCAGAUCCCUCGACCGUCAGCCUUCUAGCCGCGCCAGCCCUCUCCCUCGCUGCGCCGCGCCAGCCCUCGACGCUCUCGCCGCCGCCGCCCUCGACCGAGUUCCCUCACCACCACUCGCCACCGCCGCCACUCGACCGCCAGUCUUCCCCGCCGGUCCUCUUUGCCAUGAAUUUCAAGCGCCGAUCCGUUUUCCAAGAAGGACUGGUAUGAUAUCAAGGCUCCAGCAGUUUUCAAAAUCAGAAAUGUGGGGAAAACACUUGUUACCCGAACUCAAGGAACUAAGAUUGCUUCAGAAGGGCUCAAACACCGUGUCUUUGAGGUUUCUAUGGCUGAUCUCCAAGAUGAUGAGAAGACCUAUAGAAAGAUCCGUCUCAGAGCGGAGGAUGUUCAAGGAAAAUCUGUCCUUACCAACUUCUGGGGGAUGGAUUUCACUACAGAUAAGCUGAGGUCACUGGUGAAGAAAUGGCAGUCCCUGAUCGAGGCACAUGUUGAUGUCAAGACAACAGAUAAUUAUACCUUAAGAAUUAUCUGCAUUGGAUUCACUAAGGAAGCUAUAUGGUGGUAACCUUCCUCGAUGAGGCGAUGAUGAUGGAACGGGAGGGGCAGGGCAGCCGGGAUAUGUUGAGACCUUUAUGACCUUUGCUUCCUCCAUUUUGAACAUUGACACUUUAAUAUUCAUUGUUAAAAUAUAAUGAAUUAUGUUACAUUUG